AUGUCUUGCUGUGAAAAUUCGCCAUCGUCUUCCAGCGAGACCAAACAGUCUCCGUCUCCAGGCCAGAAAGAAGAUUCUCAGCCUCAGGGAGUUCUAGCCAGCUUGUCUCCAGUCCUCUUUGCCCUGCUUCACAGUUCUUGCUGCUGGCUUCCGGUUGUCCUUGACUUCCUAUCAAUUGGAACCGCCCACAAUCUCACGACGAGGGAUACAAGAGCUGCCAUUGAGGGAAAAGACCUAUACACAGAACCAGAAUACAAAAUACCUACGGAUACCCUCGCAAACAUGUCAUUUUGCGUGGUACGACCUACAAGACUGCCCUGGACCCGCCAGCUUCCUAGGGAUACUUCGUUCUCCCACAAAUUCCGCUCUGCUAUACCUGCUUCACUCACGAUGAUACGGUUUGCACACCAUUGCGCAAAGUCCCAAAAGAGUGACGAGCCCAUAUUGUCCCUGGGAUUCUGGAGUUCACGGCCGACUUGGAAGCGGGCUGGUGUCAACACGUUCCGGUGCCUGAUCGGGUGCAGCCUAGGUGACUUUUCUGCCAUGUGGUUCCUGCAGUCAUGCUAUCCUGGCAUUGGAACCGGUCUCAUCAUGGGAAUAGCAAGUCUGCACAUGCCCAUGCUAACAUACCGUGCAGUGGCCUCGGGACUAACAUCGUCCAUGCUCCUGGAGACUGUACUACUGCGAUUGGGCCGCGACCAACUGUCAUGGAAAGCUGCAGCCAAAACGGCAGCGGGCAUGAGCCUUGUGUCGAUGCUCGGGAUGGAGACCGUGCAGAACCUGGUGGACUACCACUUGACCAGUGGCGUGGUUGCGUUUGACGACCCAUCCUUCUGGCUGGCUGCAGCUGCAUCUGCCGGUGCCGGGUUCCUCGCACCCCUCCCAUACAAUUACACUCGACUGCGGAAGUACGGGAAGGCGUCAUUGACCAGCCCCGUUUCCUCACCACCCUCGAUGCGGCUGGAGUGGCUAGCUAUAUAG